AGCGGCGCGGACGCUAUUGUCAUUUGAGUUGCUGCGGUGUGUGUGAACAUUAGUGAACCAGAGAUAAACGGCGGAACUGGGAAACUCACGACCCGCUCGGGGAGAGAAAGAAAGAAAGCAGGGUUGGUUAGAAAAAUAAAUUCUACGACCCCCUGAAUCAAAAUCCCAAGUAAAAAUUUAACUUGAAUGAACAAUUCAAAAGAUUUCAUUUUCAGACAUAAGUCAGUCCAACUUCGCCAACGGGAUCCCAGCUCUCGAAGAUGAGGUUACUGCUCCUACUGAGUUUUCUGGGUUUCAGGCCAGUCUUUAGCUCCGGCCAAGCCAAUCCAACCUCAACCUCCCUAAUUCCCCAAGGCAACGAAACCAACUCUACGGAUGAUAAACAAAGUACAAGCAAGGGAAUCACAACUGUUAUUCCUGCUAUGUCCACUGAGACCACACAGGCUAAAGCGAUCAAUUACACUUCAGUAACAUCUACAGGAAUAUUGGAAAGUACCAAACUUUUCAAUGCUUCAAUUCAAGCUACUCUUCCCUCAACUUCACAAGCAGCAGAGACUGGAACUUCCACAACUGUGGAAAGAAUGACAUCAAGCAGCAAUGUUGCAAGUACAGCAUCAGUCACUUCCAGCCAGAAAAUGAGCAGUACCAAAGCUACAAGUGCCACAGAGAGCAAUACCUCUCAAAAUGGCUCAACUUUCCCAAAGGCAACAACUAAAAGUACAAGUGGGGAUAGUAGAUUACCAGAGACAAGCACAGCAAGCAGUGUACAGAUAUCAGUGUCUACUCAAACACAGGUGGUGACUACGACUGAUUUCAUGAUGGGAAAUAAAACGAGCGGUACACGUAAUGACACACAGAACAGUACAGCAGAUGGCACCGGGAGUGGAAAGACAAAUACAGAGGAAUCUUAUGAAGAUGGUUUGAUAUCAUUAGAGGUAAAAUGUAAGAAGGAACACAGUAAAGGAGCAGCGAAGGUGGCAGUACCAAAAAAUUUCAGCUGUGAAAACUUUGUGGAAAAACAUGGAAAAGAACUGGCUAAGAGCUGCUCUACGUUGGAUUUUGAGUAUCAGAAAAAAUUCGAUAAAUGUGAGAUCUGGCUGAACUCCGUGGAAGAUCAACUGUUUGUCGAAGUCUAUUACAGAGCUAACGAUAAAAUUAACAAAAUACUGACUGACCUGAAGAGCAGAAUAGAUGAUAGCACGAAAAAGUAUGCAGGAGGAAUCCAGAGCACCCAGGAGAAACUCACACAGUUUCGGGGAGAACAUACAGGCUCCUUACAGACAGAGGCUCACAACGACAGCAUGGAGCUUAAGAAAGUCAUAGCCCUGGCGGUUACUGGCUCAUUGCUACUGCUCAUAUUCCUGUCUGGAGUCGUGUACCGGUGCUCCCAGUACAAGUCCAAGCACAAGGAUCCGUACCUGACAGAAGAGCUGCGCACAGUGGACAACGGUUGCCAUGACAACCCAGCCAUGGACGUCACUGAGAGGGAUUCAGAGAUGGAGGAGAAGAACUACUGCAAAGCAACCUUCCUGGAAAACACGGAUGGCUGGAUAGUGCCCAUGGACACACACAUCAAGGAUGAGCUGGAGGAAGAAGACACCCAUUUAUAAAGCAUUGGAAAUAUAAUCUAUUGUUACCUUCAGCUCAAUGCACAUCUCUAUGAUUGCUUCAAAUACGUAUCCAUAUAUACUGCCAGCAAGGACUGAACUCAAACUGUAAAUUUCACAUUCCACCUCCUUAAAGCUAUAUUCUCUCUAGAUGCUAUUUAGAAAUGUUACAGGGUUUUUACAAGCCUGUCAUGAUUACCUGAUAAAUAGAAAGGGUAAGUCCUAUGCUUCUAUUCCUGUGUUCAAUAAGAAUCUGGCCAAUUCUCUGCCUCAUCUGCUUUCCUUCCUCUUUCCCUACUUGGAGCACUUGAACAGCCAUUCAGACUUGUUGGCUGAGAAUUCCAAAGACUCACAAACCCAAGUGAAGAGAUCAAAGUCCCAAGUGGCCAAGCUCCUUUUACUGAGUCCAUAGACCCUAGUUAUAGAGACACCAAGGAAACACUGUCACGUGACAGCUGUCUGAAACUUUAAGUGUUGUGUGGAGUUUUGGUUUCCUGUUGAUAGGAAUAUUGUAAUUAGGCUAGAAAGGGGGCAGAAAAGACUCAAGAAUAUAAUCAGGAUUAGAGGACUUUAGUGACAAGGAGAGGUUCGGUAGAUUGGGUCUGGUUUCUCUAGCAUGCAGAAGGCUGACAGAUUACCUUAGAGAGGUUUAUAAGAUCAUGAGGGCCACAGCUAAGGUAAAUGAUCAUUCAUUAUACCAGUGGAAUGAGUGUAAAACUGGAGACCACAGGUUUAAGAUGAGAAGGGACCUGAGGAGCAACCUUUUUCCACAGACAGUGGUGGUAAUAAAAACAUCCCAUCGGAGGAAGGGGUAGAGGAGAAUAGAAUUGCAUUUAAAUUACUUCGGAGAGGUACACAGACAGGAAACAAACAGGCAAGUGGGACUUGCUCAGGUGGCAAGACAAGUUGAUCAGUGUGGAUGAGUUGCAUCAGAAGGCUCGAUGCUCGUCAGUGCCACUCCUCAGAGUGUGGAGCAGAGCCACAUUCUAUUUGAUGUCCACUGGCAUUCUUCCUGAAAACAAAGUUAACCUAAACACACAAAAAAUAAUGACCGUACAAUGUGGUGGGGCAGUUGUUGUUGGCAGGUUGAAAGAUGAAACAGGAAUACUCCAGCCCAGUUACUAUAAUCAAAAACAAGCUCAGAAUCAUCAUUCAAGUUCUGUGCAAAUCUUUGGCUAUCAUAGUCAGUCACUGAUGAGGUUGUAAAUUAGAAACUGCAGUGUAAUCAUUUAUUUUACAUUUGCAAUGUUAAAAACAAAGCUGGAGCAUUGUUAGCAACCAUUUAACUGUAAAGCAUAUCUGUACAACUGAAGGGGUAAAUGUAGUUUCUGAGAGAAUAUGGCUUCAAAACACAAAUGUGUACUUUCAGUAGUUGUUUAUUUCAGGCAAACUAACUGAACAUCAAUGUGAUGGGAAGAUGUAUGGCAGCAGCAUGAUGACCAACUAUAGUAAGUGAUUACUUGAGUGGUUCUUUGCCAACACAAAUAAACACCAGUCCUUUUCUCAAGGCAAAUCUUCCAAUACCUUGGCAGCCACUAAAUAGGGCUUCUUUGUCCAACAGCACUGGUAUAUACCAGAGCAAAUGCACACUGGCAAGAACUAUAGUUUUCUUAACUGAGAGACUCUAAAUGAUGCCGAACACUGGACAAUUAACAUUUAAAUUAAUUGUAAGGCAACCAACUGUUCAGAUUGUGUAAGAACUGUUACAAGCUGUGGAAUGAUUCUGCAUGUGGAUUCAAAUUUAACUUGGUCCCACCUCCAGUUCCUCCCUGUGGAAGCCCAGUAAGACCAUAAAACAUAGGAGCAGAAUUAGGCUAUUUGGCUCAUUGAGUCUGUCCUGUCAUUACAUCAUGUCUGAUGCAAUUUUCCUCUCAGCCCCAAUCUCCUGCUUUCUCCCCAUAUCUCUUCAUGCCUUCAAUCAAGAAUCUAUCAAGUUCUGCCUUAAAUAUACAUUACAACUUAAGAGUCCACAGUUGCCCGUGGCAACAAAUACCAGAUUCACCACCCACUGGUUUAAGAAAUUCUCAUUUCUGUUCUAAAAUGAUAUCCCUCUAUUCUGAGGUUGUGUCGUCUGGUCUUAGACUCCCUCCACCAUAGGAAACAUCCUCUCCACAUCCACGCUAUCAAAGCCAUUCACCAUUCGAUAGGUUUCAAUUAGGUCAUCCCUUAUUCUUCUGAAUUCUAAUGAAUACAAGCCCAGAGCCACCAGACAUUCUUCAUAUGGUAAGCCAUUCAAUCCUGGAAUCAUUCUUGUGAACCUCCUUUGAACCCUCUCCAGUUUCAGCACAUCCAUUCUAAGGUGCCCAAACCUGCUCACAAUACUCCAAGUGAGGCCUCACCAUUGCUUUAUAAAGUUUCAACAUUAUAUCCUUGAUUUUAUAUCCUAGUCCUCUUGAAAUGAAUACUAACAUUGCAUUUGUCUUCCUCAUCACAGACUCAAGCUGCAAAUUAACCUUCAGGAAAUCAUGCACAAGGAUUCCCAAAUCCCUUUCCAUCAGUUUUUUUUGUAUUUUCUCUCCAUUUAGGGAAUCAUUAAUCCAUUCAUUUCUUCUACAAAAAUGCAUGACCAUACACUUCCCGAGACUGUAUUCCACCUGCCUUUUUUGCCCAUUCUCCUAAUCUAAGUCCUUAUGUAGCCUCUCCACUUCCUCAAAACUACUUGCCCCUCCCCAUCUUCAUAUUAUCCACAAAAUUUGCAACAAAGUCAUCAAUUCCUUCUUCCAAAUCAUUGAUAUAUAAUGUAAAAAGAAUUGAUUCCAGUGCAGACCCCUGUGGAACACCAUUAGUCACCGACAGCCAAUUAGAAAAGGCUCCCAUUAUUCCCACACUCGGCCUCCUAUUAAUAAGCCUCUGCUUUAUCCAUGCUAGAAUCUUCCCUGUAAUGGUAAGGGGCUGUUAGCUUGUUUAGCAGCCUCAUUUGUGGCACCUUAUCAAAAGCCUUCUGAAAAUCCAAGUACACAUCAACCAAUUAUCCUUUGUCUACCCUGAUUGUUAUAUUUUCAAAGAACUCCCAGAUUUAUCAGGCAAGAUUUUCCCUUGAGGAAACUAUGCUGACUACGGCCUAAGUUAGAAACUCAUCUCCUUCUACCUUAGGCCACAAGCUUAUCAAUCACCACUGAUGAAUUAUUAACUUCAAACUUUCUGCAUAAUCAAAGAGUUGAAUGCAUGUAAUGAGAGCUGUAUAACUCAUCUCGUUCUACCUUAGGCCACAAACUUAUCAACCACCCCUGCUGUGGACAAUUUCUGGAGGUCCAAGAUCCGUAUGCUCCAUGACCGCUAGACUAAGUGUGUAAAUGUAGGAGCUGAUUUAAGUUAAGACUCUGCUGAGUAUUCAACAAUUCUUCAGCACACUGCUGGAAAGCAUCAGCUUUUUAAUGCACCAUCACAAUUGUCAAAAGAUCUCAAAGCACUUUCUGCAGCAGAGAAAGCAGGCAUCUAGUAUUCCCUUCUCAAUACUAUCACCUAUCUUGGUGGAGGAUGGACUAGCCUUGGUGAUAACAUUGAGAGAGUAAUUGAGUUAGACCUUAAGGCUUGAGUCAGGCUCAGAGACAAGGAUGGAGAACCUUUGUGUUGAAAAUAAUUCCCACUGCAGGAGGAUCUGGACUAAAGUGUAGUUGAGACUUCCCUAAUAUUUGGUGAGCACUAAGUGAAAUACUAUAGAUUAAUUUUCAAAGUAUAAUGUACCAAGGAUUGCUGAAUCUACAGAGCCCAAAUGUUUUCUGAAGUCCUAUAGCAAUAAUUAAAUACCAUAACCAUGUGACAAGUUACUGUAGUGAAUAAAAAGACAAAUUACUUUUAAGGCAAAUACAGAAUUAUUGCUCUAUUUUAAGGAGAAAGUCAUAUACCACGAUUUUGUUUAAUAAAACUGUGUGCACUUACCUCAAAUGGGGAGCUGGCAAGGUGCAAUGGUUGGCUUACAAAUAGCAUAGGCUUCAGGAUCGAUAGCCGCCCUGCGCUGGUUAGUAGAAUAUUCAGGCCCCAAAUAAGAACGCACACCAGAGGAAAGAACACAUCCACCGAACCCUAAAAUUACCAUAAACCACGAUCUUCAGUAGUGGAAACUGCAUAGUGGUUGCAACAAGGUGAGUACUGCAUCAGAGCCAGUCACUGGGAAUAAACUCCCAAGCCAGUGUUAAACAAUCAACUCGUAAACCCUGGAAUAUCAUCUUAUAAUGUUUUCAAUGCAAUGAUGUAUUAUGUUCAACCCUGGACUUCUGUACACAUUAUUAGUAAUAGUUGUGUGAACACGUAAAAUAUCCAAUAAAAUUCUAAAUAACUUUAA